UAUAUAAAUAUAUAUAUUUGUAAAUAUAUAUGUCUAUCUGUAGAAGGAACUGAUUGAGAAGGAAAGAUUUUAUUCCUUUUGUUUUUUCGUUUUUUUAAUUGUUAAAUGAGAAUUGAUGUCGAAGAUGAAGCAUUUACUGCGGAAACUACACAUCGGCGGUGGUGGCGGAGGUGCCGGUGGCGGUGCCUUAACCGACCACCACCGCCCACUGCCUCUCGACCACCAUCAUCAUAAUCGGGGGACGCUUGUUGAUCCUCCGGCGGAGGAACAAACGUCGACGAGCCAAACCACUACUGGUACCAAUACGACGAUGACCACCACCACGGCGACGGAGAGUUUGGAGUCGUCGGAGAAUUCGAGUUUGGUGAGUUCCAUCAAUGCGAAUGUGGCCGACUCGGAUUUUAGUUUGUUGGAGGAGGAAUUUCAGGUGCAAUUGGCGUUGGCGAUCAGUGUAUCAUCGGAUCCGGAUUCGCGUGAGGAUCCAGAAACCACCGCCCAAAUCAAAGCUGCCAAGCAGAUUAGCUUGGGUUGUCCGCCUUCUCAGUCGCUCGUUGACUUCCUUUCUCUGCGAUACUGGAGUUAUAAUGUUGUUAACUACAAUGAGAAGGUGAUGGAUGGGUUUUAUGAUGUUUAUGGAAUUAAUUCCAACUUGGUGUCAGCAGGGAAAAUGCCAUCAUUGGUGGACCUUGAAUCUAUUCCUGUCUUGGGUAAUGUUGAUUAUGAAGUGAUCUUAGUCAAUCGUGCAGCUGAUGUGCAGCUACGAGAGCUUGAGGAAAAAGUGCAUUUAAUCUCUAUUGAGUGUCAAGCUCUAAGAGUGGGUGCUCUUUUGAGCUUUUUUGUGCAAAAAAUUGCAGAUGUUGUGGUUAAUAAAAUGGGAGGUCCUGUUAAUGAUGCUGAGGCAAUGUGGAGGAGAUGGACAGCCCGGAGUUAUGAAUUGAGAAUCUUCCUAAAUAGUAUUAUCCUUCCACUCGGCUCUCUUGAUGUGGGACUUUCCCGCCACAGGGCCUUACUCUUUAAGGUACUUGCUGAUAGGAUCAACCUUCCAUGUAUGCUAGUCAAAGGGAGUUACUACACCGGCAGUGAUGAUGGUGCUGUCAACUUGAUAAGAUUUGAUGAUGGAAGUGAGUACAUUAUUGACUUAAUGGGUGCUCCAGGCGCUUUAAUUCCUUCUGAAGUACCAAGUGCUCAGCUUCAAAGUUGUGGCUUAGAUGUAAGAACCAUGACACCCAUUCAGGAUAUAGUAGAAAAUACACAAGUAGAAUUUGGGGGACCAACUGAAACACUAUCCGUUAUCCAAGGAGCAUCAAAUGUCGGCAGGUCAAGUUCUCUACCAUCUUUUACUGGAAUUGAAUCACAGAGAAAUUGUUGGACUGCUUCAGGGAACGCCCAAGCUAAGCAGUUUGAGCGUGAAUUUGGAAAUCUACAAUCACUGGUCAAAACAACUGAAGGGUCAUCAGGGGCUGCCCCUAAACCAUCUGCUGCCCAACAGAUCCAAGUUGAAGAUGUUUCCAACCGUGUUGUUAGUGAAGAAAAAGACCCAGAAUUUGCCCGCAAUUCUUUAAGUCAAGGUCCUCAUGAUCUGGGAGAGCAGGAAGUGAUUGAAAAGAAGCAGUUAUUAAAGCGUGAGAUGGUGUCUGAAGUUCAAUGUCAACCACCAGCGUACUUGUCAGACCAUAAGCAGGCACUCAUACCCUUUUCUGGAUUGCAGCUAUCUAGCACUUUCCCGUGUAGCAUUGACCUUAAAUGUUCUCCUGCGGUAUUGGUAGCGCAAAAGCAGGGACAGCCACCCAAUAGGUCUAAUGAAUGUAAUCCUUUAGGAAAGUUGUCUUCUAAUACUAACAAUUCAGGACAUGUGCAAGUCAGAGAUAGAACUGAUUUAAUGAUCCAAACUGAUGAUCGACCAAUCAACGUAAAACAAAUUACCACCUGCGAGCAAUUUGAUCAGCGAACUACUCAAGACCAGCAAAUUGAUCCAGUGCUGGGUGAAGUUGCUGAGUGGGAAAUACCAUGGGAAGAUCUGCAGAUUGGUGAACGUAUUGGCAUUGGAUCAUAUGGAGAGGUGUAUCGUGCAGAUUGGAAUGGCACUGAAGUUGCUGUGAAGAAGUUUAUGAAUCAAGAUAUCUCAGGUGAUGCAUUAGCGCAAUUCAAAUGUGAAGUUGAAAUCAUGCUGAGAUUGAGACAUCCAAAUGUUGUUCUCUUCAUGGGAGCAGUAACUCGUCCCCCAAAUCUCUCGAUAUUGACGGAGUUUCUGCCAAGGGGAAGCUUGUUUAAGCUAUUGCAUCGUUCAAAUGUCCAAGUUGAUGAAAAGAGGCGGCUGCGAAUGGCUCUUGAUGUGGCCAAGGGAAUGAAUUAUUUGCACACAAGCAAUCCUGUCAUUGUCCAUCGAGAUCUGAAGACCCCAAAUCUCCUUGUUGAUAAAAAUUGGGUUGUUAAGGUUUGUGAUUUUGGGAUGUCACGGAUGAAGCAUCACACAUUCCUCUCUUCAAAGUCUACAGCUGGAACUGCUGAAUGGAUGGCCCCAGAAGUUUUGAGGAAUGAACCAUCCAAUGAGAAAUCGGAUGUAUACAGUUUUGGUGUGAUAUUGUGGGAGUUGGCAACGCAUAAGGUUCCUUGGACAGAGAUGAACUCCAUGCAGGUGGUUGGAGCUGUUGGUUUCCAGGGUAGACGCCUCACUAUUCCAGAUCGUGUUGACCCUGUGGUUGCAGAAAUUAUAAGCAACUGCUGGGAUUCUAAUCAAAAUGCACGACCAUCAUUUAAGGAGAUCAUUACCCGUCUAAAGGGUCUGCAGCGUCUAGUUCAGAAAACAGAUACAGAAACCAAACCGCAACAAGGUUGAAGGUAGGUGAUUGUUGUAAUGAUAGCUGUGACUUUGUUCAUGUGCUCGAAGAGCCAGAGCGGAACUUUUUGUUUCAGAAGCUUGUAGAUGCAAAGAAAUACACAGGACAUAGUGGAUUGGGAAGUGUUGGUUCAAUCGAAGUGGGGGCUCAACACAGCCAGUUCAGUGUUCAGAAGCAUAUGUUCUCCGCAGUCAAUGACGCACAAAGAAGUGCAGUGGAGGAUAUAGCAGCCGAUGGCAGGUCAAAAGUAAUUUAUGCGCGGAGUUGUCACACAGUUGAAAGAAAAGGGGAAAAAAAAAGAAGCUCAAUUUCUUCUUCUUAUUAGUAGGCUGUAGAGAUCAACAUCUGUAGAAUGAUACAUGUGUGAGAAGUCUAUUCAAUAAGUACAUAUGAUGGGGUAAUAAACAAAAAAAAAAAAAAAAAGAGAGAGAGAGGGAGGUUCUCAAUCUGUGGAGGUCGUGAGGAAGCAAAAUGUAGCUUCGCUUCAGUAAGUGUAAACAUCUGGUCUCUGCUGGUUGUAACAAAAAACAGAAUAAAAAUCAAUUGAAUGUUUAUCUUUCCGGAGA